CACUGGCAUGUCUACCAUCACACAAACGGAAAACGGAACGGUUGCCAGCGUGGAGCCCACCACGUCCAGGGGUUACGCCUUGGGGGAAAGAGGUGCCCAUAACAUCGCCUUGGGUUUUAACCAUCCUUACCCACUCCCUAAGUUCACAGACAAGCACCAAGAAAGAACAUGGAUCAAACAACAUAUGGCAGGUGCCUUCCGGAUUUUUGCCAGAAAGGGAUACACAGAAGGAACCGCAGGACAUAUUUCCGUCAGAGACCCUGUUGAUCCGAACACCUUUUGGAUAAAUCCGUUAGCUAAGCACUUUGGGUUGAUCAAAGCUUCGGACUUGGUCCAUGUUGACGAAGACGGCAAUAUCUUACCAGAUGGUGCCCAAACUGCCAUUAACGCCGCCGGGUUUUCCAUCCACUCGGCCCUCCACAAAGCUAGGCCUGACGUACACGCUGCUUGUCAUACCCACUCUCCGUACGGAAAGGCUUUCAGUGCCUUGGGAAGACCUUUGGAAAUGAUCAACCAGGACGUUUGUACUUUCUACAAGUCCCACUCGGUGUACACUGAUUUUGGUGGGGUGGCGUUGGAAGCCAGAGAGGGUAUUGAAAUAGCCAAGAGCGUGGGGAACGGUAAGGGAGCCAUUUUACAAAACCAUGGACUCAUCACCGUGGGCCAGACGGUGGAUGAAGCGGCAUAUUUGUACACGUUGAUGGAGAGAUCUUGUGAAUGUCAAUUGUUGGCGGAAGCAGCCCUUAGACCCGGUGAAUCUUUGAAGAUCAUUGGAGAUGAAGAGGCUGCUUAUACGGAAUAUAGCGCAUCAGACCCCGACACGUUAUACACCGAGCUCCAACCUGACUUGGAGAUGGAGAAGGCCUUGAAUCCUGACUUUUUGGAUUAGGGUCUAGAUAUUUGUAGGGGUGUAUAUUGUUUAUUAUAGUAUAGUAUCAACACUAACUUCAAAUGCUCUUAUCGCGAAUCAUCCAAUUAUUGUCCCUUAACUAAGCUGCAACAAAUAUGUUUUCAGUUCUAGAUGGUUCGCUCAACCCCGUGAAGAGAAGGUGUUUAAAGCAUAUUGAUGAACCUCGACUUUCCCCCAAGAUAUCUCAGCGGAAGGUGCAUAUCAAGAACAUUGUGGGAGAUAAAGCAAGAUCCAGGAAUGGCUGCCUAUUAUGCCGAAAGCGCAGGAGAAAAUGCGAUGAAAAGAGCCCUUCUUGUGGGUUAUGUGUCCUCAGGGGAUACCAAUGCUGCUACAACCGUGAUGGGACUAGUGGGUCCAAUUUGAAGAAAAUUGAACGGUCUCCGGCCAAUUGGUCUCUCAUUAGCGGACCUGUUGUUAUCGAAGUGUCAGGAGGUGAAAGAGAACCGUUGGAACAAAUCACAAACUCUUUAGAGGUAUGGACUCCGAAGGUAACUGAUUCUUUUGAGCCCAUGUUUCUCCUAUCUCCAUCCUCUUCCUUAAGCUUAUUUCUUGAUAAAACCGGUUUGCUCUAUCUAGAGUAUUUCAGGUCCCAUGUCACUGACAUUCUUUGUGUUUCCAAGUUCAACUAUUUUAAUGAACUUUUCUUACCGUUGGCGCAUCAUGAUGAGGCAUUUGCAUUGAUAAUGGCAGCUUGGGGCGGAUUUUUUUACAAAGGGAAGAAAGUAGACAAACAAGUGUCCAACUACUUGUAUAAUUCUGUCAUAAAGUUUAAGCAGAACUUCAACAACCCGGAGCAAAUGUCUAAGCUCAACUACUACUUUCAGAUAUGCUACUAUUUGAUUUUGGUAGGAUAUAACAUUUGUAAUGGAGAUACUCAGAACUGGGCAAAAUUCUUGCUGAAUUGCUAUAAUAGCAUUAAGGAGUACGGGGGUAUCCAACAGCUUUGUGAGUCUUUCCACUACUCAAAUGAUGUAAGGUUUUUGGUCUCAAGCUUUCAGUAUCAUGAUAUCAUGUCUUCGGACUCUGCUAAAAACGGAACUCUCGUGUCCAUGGAAGAAUACAACAGAACGUUCAACCAUGAAAAUUUCAAAAUGACUGAAGUUGCUUAUGGAAUAGACUCCCUUCAAGGAUGUAACCGGCCGAUUUACACACUUUUGGGGGAGCUCAUUAACUUAAAGGUUCAAAUCAGGAGAAUGUGCAAACACAAUGACAUGCACAAACAGGAGAAUUCCAACUCCAUAGAAGCAGAAUCCCGGAUUUUAUACCAAAAUAUAAUAGAUGCCCAGCCCAAUGGAGAGUUGGUAUUUCUUCUCCCAGAGGACGAGAAACCUCUCCACUUGAGCUCGUUCGAACUUUAUCGGGUGUGUUGUAAACUCAACUGGUUCUUGUACAUCAAAGGAUUGCUUCCAGUAGAGCCCAAAAUCCAGUGCUUGGUGUUGGAAACUCUUUCAUUGGUCGAUCGACUCAUCCACUCCAAGUUCCAGGUGGUGAUUUGCUUACCCUUGCUCAUGGCUGGGAUAUGUUGUGUUAAAACUCGUGAACGAGAGAAAGUAAGCCGGAUAUUCGAAACCAUAUCCAAGUCUUGCCCCGUGCCAAAUGUUUCUAAGUGCUGGACAAUUGUCCAAAUGGCAUGGAAAUCAAGUCCCGAAGGCACACUGAUAACCAACUGGGAAGAUAUAUGCAACCAAUUUGACUGGCACCUAAAUGUCUGUUAAUGGACAGCCUACAAGUUUCGCUCCAUAGAUAUAUAUGGUUGUUAAACGUCCAGCUCAACUUUUAUCAAGAGGUUGAUUAGGUCAACGAAAUCAGGAUUCCUAUUAAUAGUUUUAUUCAGGCUGAGCCUGGAAUUAUUUAACUUUGGAAGUGCAGUUUUUAGUAAGUGUGGGCAAGAGAUAGAAGUCAACCAAAUGAGAACGCGAUUUGCUAUUCGUAGAUAAUUACCAAACUCAAUUUGAAAGAGAGCCUUAGAGAGUGAUAUGGAGUCUCCAGUUAAUAGGGGAGAUGAAGAAUCAGGUUUUGUAGAGCCACCAACUACAUGAUACAAGCAAUAAAAAUAUACGUAAAUUUAAUGCUUAGACUUGAGUC